UGACCUCAGCUCCCUGCUCCAGCUCUGCUGCCUGGAAUGUGAGAGGGAAGGGAGGAGGGGCAGCUCCACCCACAUGGGCUCUAACACACACAAGAGGAGAGAGCAGGGGAUGAGAGAGGGGAUCUGACUCUCGCAUAAGCCCGGAGACUAUCUGCUACCGCCAGCAUCAGGGGAACGAGAGGAAGGAAACCAGGGGAUCAUGGCACCGAGGAUGGUGACUCACCCAAACGCAACUGGGCACCGGGCACCUCAGGCCACCAGGUCACCCAUGCUAUACCCCAGGCACUGCUGCUGGAUUUCAUAGUGAAUGGUGAGAGCUGGCACACGGGAAAGGCAGAUUGUUCUUCCCCUGUGAGAGGACUGAUUGCACUAUUAUAGGCUGGGACUGGCUGAGCCGCCGCAUCCCAUGUGAUAGGUGAGAGGUGUUAGGCGGCAUGCACGCUCCUGCGCUCAGCAUCUGCUCCGUGUCUCAUGCUGCUGCUGCCGCCGCCGCUGCUGCUGCUGCUGAUCUCAUCCCUGCACGGAGAGAGCCGGUGAUAGCGAGCUCACCCCGGCCAGGCGUCUGCACUAUGGGGGUCCCCUGCUGCUGCUGCUGACAGGGAGGAGGAUCGCUGUGCGUUACACACGGGCCAGAUGCGCAGGAGCCAGAUCCCAGUGACCGCUCCAUUGUGAUAUCCCGGCCCGGAGAUGGAUGGAGAUGCUGCGGGGAGUGUGGAGGCACUUUCAGAUGACAGCAGCCUGCAUGCGGGACCGGAUAGGGGGACAGUGGGCAUGGUGGAACAUAUGAACCUCUCCUCCUCCCCAUCCCAAACACCCUCUGAUGAGGAGUCGACAGCUGCUACCCCAGAGCUGCCCCUGAGGCAGCAGCAUGGGGUGAAGAGACAUCACCACAAGCACAACCUGAAACACAGGUAUGAGCUGCAGGAAACUCUGGGCAAAGGCACCUAUGGCAAGGUGAAGAGGGCAAUAGAAAGGUUCUCCGGAAGAGUGGUUGCCAUAAAAUCAAUCCGUAAGGACAAAAUAAGAGAUGAACAAGAUAUGGUUCACAUCAGACGUGAGAUUGAAAUAAUGUCAUCACUCAGCCAUCCGCAUAUCAUAAGUAUAUAUGAAGUGUUUGAAAAUAAAGAUAAGAUUGUGAUCAUAAUGGAAUAUGCAAGCAAAGGUGAACUGUACGAUUACAUCAGUGAGAGGAGACGACUGAGUGAAAGGGAAACAAGACACUUCUUUCGACAGAUUGUCUCCGCUGUUCACUACUGUCAUAAGAAUGGUGUUGUGCAUAGAGAUCUAAAGUUGGAAAACAUUCUUCUGGAUGAAAAUGGCAACAUUAAGAUUGCUGAUUUUGGCCUGUCGAAUCUCUACCAGAAAGACAAAUUUCUGCAGACAUUUUGUGGUAGUCCACUUUAUGCAUCCCCAGAAAUAGUUAAUGGAAGACCUUAUCGUGGGCCUGAGGUUGACAGCUGGGCACUUGGUGUUCUCCUGUAUACUCUUGUUUAUGGAACCAUGCCAUUUGAUGGGUUUGAUCACAAGAACCUAAUUAGGCAAAUAAGCAGUGGAGAAUAUCGAGAACCAACGCAGCCCUCAGAUGCCCGUGGACUAAUUAGAUGGAUGUUGAUGGUUAACCCAGAGCGUCGUGCAACCAUUGAAGACAUUGCAAAUCAUUGGUGGGUUAACUGGAGCUACAAAAGUAGUGUAUGUGACUGUGAUGUCUUGAGGGACUCAGAAUCGCCAUUACUUGCCAGGUUCAUUGAUUGGCAGCACCGCGCCACUAGCCGGCAGACGGAGUCUGAAAGCAAAAGCAAGUUAGUUUCUAAGCCAUCAGAAGUAUCACUUGAGCGGCAGAGAUCUUUGAAGAAAUCCAAGAAGGGCAAUGACAUUGCACAGUCUUUGCAAGAUGGAUCUGAAGAAACAUCCAUAUCAAAAAGACCUAAAAGUAUUUUGAAGAAGAGAAGCAAUAGUGAGCAUCGGUGCCACAGUGCUGGUUAUAUUGAGGGUGUGAUCAGCCCCGUAUUGUCACCUGCAUACAAAAUUGAAAGUGAAAACUUGCUCACUAAUGCAUGUAACAAUACACAGGAGCUUGAUAAGCCAGUAGUGUGUGGUGGAAAGCAGUCCACGCCUCUGCCAAAGAAGGGUAUUUUGAAAAAGACUCAGCAGAGAGAGUCUGGCUACUACUCAUCACCAGAGAGAAGUGAGUCCUCAGAACUGCUGGACAAUGAUGGAACAGAGGGCAGUGAUACAUGUCAAGUUGUUAAUGACACAAAGCGAACAGUGUCACACAGCCUUUCAUAUAGGCGGAAAGGCAUCUUAAAAUACAACAGUAAAUAUUCCAGUAGCAAAACAGAUUCCUCAGUGGCCAAGCAAGGCACAGCAUCACUGGAAUCUAUGGAACAAGGACUUGUGUCUGUCGAAGGACUGUCCAGAAGCUACAGUCGUCCAUCUAGUGUGAUUAGCGAUGACAGUGUCCUGUCAAAUGACUCUUUUGAUUUGCUUGAAUUGACAGCUGGCAGACAAAACAGGCAGAGAAUACGUAGUUGUGUUUCAGCUGAAAAUAUCCUUUUUGUCAAGGAUUUUGAGGGACUUCAGAAAAGUCCUCGUCCACAGUACCUGAAACGUUACCGCAAUCGCUUUGCUGACAGCAGUUUUUCUUUACUCGCUGAUAUGGAUGAUGUCACUCAGGUUUAUAAAAAUGCUUUAGAAAUCUGCAACAAGGUCAAUUAGUCACAGAAAAGCAAAAUGUUUAUGGCCAGGAAGUUACUUUGCUGACAGUGAUAAGUCUGGAAAAGCACUCACCAUAGUAACACACCGAAACAGUGCACAUACAUUUCCACUCUGUAUCUUCAGGAUUGAAGCAUUGAUAAUUUAGAGAUUAUAGUAGUUUUACACUGUCAGAGCAGUACUUCUAUAAUUUAACCAAGUUUCUCUCCCUCUUUCUUUCUUUCUUUCUUUCUCUCUCUCUCUCUCUCUGUAUAUAUAUAUUUAAUAUUAAGGUUCUUGAAGAUGUUAACUUUUUCUUGUGCUCCAUUUUAUUGGGUUGGGUUUUAUAAAAGUUCUGAUAGUUUUAUAUGACUAUGUGACUGUUUUUAUACAAAAAUGUUUGUUUCUUACACUAAAUCGUUCCUUGUAAAGCUGAAUUUGGUGAUACUUUGUAGUGACCUAGAUACUGUAAAACUGUCAUAGUAAUUUAUAUAACUGGAUGGGCCAUAUAGUGUGUAAAAUCGAAUUGAAAAGUAUUGUAUUAUUUUAAACAAAUUGAAUUUUUUUUCAAUAUUGAAUAUCUUAAUUUCCCUAAACAUUAAAUGCUGUGAUUCUUUAGAUGUUUUUUUUAAAGUAAUGCAUUUAAUAAUAUGUUAAGAUAUCCAUUUUGGAUUUGCUUCCUCUAUUUUCUAUUUUUUUACUUAACUUUUAAUUAUAUGCCCUAUGCAGGUUAGUAGAGAUAGAAAGUUGGAUGUAAUGAAGUUCGAGUUCGGCUCCCGUGCGGGAUGCUGGCUGAACUCAGAUGUUUUUUUCAAAGGAGCAAUCAUUUAUAAGGCAUGGUUUAGCCUUGUCAUUCAUUGCCCCUUUAAAAAAACUUCCGCGUUCGGUCGGCAUCCCACACGGCCGCCGAACUUGGACUUCAUACCAUCCCGCCAAGAGUGUAUCCUGAUCGGGAGUAUAUGCAGUGGCGUCUAUGGAGGUGUGGCUGCAGCAGAGUCUAAAAUUCAAAUAGGGGAGCCACACCAACUGUCAGUUCAAACUGACUCACUGGCAAUUGGUGUGUGUACCCCAUUUGAAUUUUGGACUGCGCUGAAGCGCCACCUCUGAGUAUAUCAGUGCUGUGAUUUCCAAUGUAACUGGAAACAAUUUGUCUAAAUUCAGAGAAAGCAGACAGUGUUAGAGAUAUAGCACAGUAUGGAUUUUCCAUCAUUAAUAGUCAAAAUACUGUAACAAAAGCUAAAUGAGUUAGUUGGCACUAUUGAUGCUUAUUAUGUUGGCCUUUCCAUAAUUUAUGGAGUUUUUUAAAAAGUCCACCAAACUCAUAAAUGUGGUGAAAGUUGUCAGGUGCCCAAUCUGUCUCUGUUAUGGGUGUUCCCCUUUUACAUGUUUUCUUUAGGAUUUAAAGUACAUUUACAAAUAUAUGCCAAAUAAAGUUUGAGAACCAUUAGCUAAAAAUGAAAGGGGCACUCUCCUUGGUUGAAUGGUAGCAUAGACACACUUCCAGAUGUGUUUCACAUGAAGAGCCUAUUACAGCCAUUUUUGUUGGCAAAUACUCAGCAGAACAUACAGCUCAAGUUUCUAUACUUUCACUGUCAGCAAAUAAAAUAUGUGGAAUAUUUAUGGGUUUAGCAUAGGAUAUGUGACCUUGGAUCAGGUUGUUUAUAGAAUGUCGAAUAGAAGUGGGCUCAUGGCAAGUAGAAAAGUCAUAUGUGCAGAACACUGUAAUGUGUUUUAUGAAAUGGGUUUGAGAUGGCAAGUGGAAAGUGUAUGGAUGGCAAAUAAAUAAAGGAGUAUUUUAUAUCAUGGAAGGUAAGGAGGUAUGAUGUAAGCGCUGGUAAACUGAGGAUGUGGGCGAGAAAAGGGGUAACUUCUACCAUAAAGGGCUUUCUGUGGCCAACUGGAUUUCUUGAAAACAUGCUCAUGUUGAAAGUAUGAUAGGCCUGGGCAAACAAUACAGGAUUGUAAAACUGAAUUGCACAUGUCAUUAAAGAGUGCUCAUGUAAACAAUAUAUAUCAAAUUAUUAAGUAAUUUCUGAUUGGUCAAUCUAGUUUAGUCAUGCAUGAUCUAUAGCUGUAUUUCCAUGCUCCAAAGAUAAGUAUCUAUAGUAUCCUGUGUGGAAAGAUCAUGCAUAACUUUAACAGUGCUGAAUAAAAAUAUAUUAAUAUUUUAUACAGAAUAAUAACAUUUAACAGUAUAGUUGAUGAAGCCACAUAUGCACAAUAGAUGAGGCAACAUAAAUGAAUGUCUGAACUUGGGAAGCAUUCUAAAAUACAGUUUGUCUGUAAUGUACAUGCCAAAAUACACAAAAAAAGUAUUUUGCAAUAAACUUAUAUUAAAACUGUUGCAUUCUCCCUCAUCUCGCACCUCCUAAUGCUAGCACUACUGACAGCCAGAGACUUCACCUCUACGGAUGGGUAACAACACUACUUUAACAACUGAGAGUUGGAAUUGAGAAAGCCAAGUAGAAAAAGCAGUUUCCCCUGGCUAUUGAUUUCUUGCUGACUGUUCUUCAUAACACCACAUGCUGAACCUAUGACACCUGGGGACUCUAGAUACAGGGAGCGACGUUAGUUUUAAGAGGCACUGUGGUAGAAAGAAGUUAGGGGCUUAUUUAAUAACAAGUGAUAUUCUUAUUAUCACUUGAGUUGUUACUAAUCUUAAAUUGUGCUCCAUCUAAUAAGCUCCUGUUAUUUUUUAAACACACGGCAGUGAGGAGCUGAUUGGUUGGAGCACUAUUUAAGAUUAUUAAUGAGUGAUAACAAGAAUAUCCCUCGUUGAUAAAUCUCCCAGAAAUUCUUAAUCAUGUGCAAACCUUUUUUUCCAUUUGGCAUGUAUCUUACAAUUACUUUUUUUGCAUACGAGUAUUCCCUAUAACUAUAUUUUAUAGCUAUUCUAAUAUAUGCACAUAAUUAUGCUAUUUAUUGUGUUAUUUUUGUAUUCUUUGAGUCUGUACAUAACAUGUUAAAAGCAUGUUACAUGUACUUGUAUUUGUGCACCUAUAAUCUGAUUCUAUUGGUGUUUCUACAUUUUCAAAUAUUGCAUGAAGCUAUAGGUAUUUCUCUAUUUCGUAUUACUGUUUGUAAAAGUAACAGUAUGUUUGUGAAAGCUUUUGUGAUCUUGCAGUUUUCAUGAACAGACUUUAACACUCAACUCAGAAAUAAAUAUAACAUUUAGGUUAUAGCUAUAGGUUCUGUCUCUGUAUAUAGCAAUAUGUGUAAGAGUUUUAAUAUGUUUUUUUUAUUUUCUAUUCAUAUAUGCUAUUCUCAUUCUCUAAGGUCUUUUAUCUAUAUGUCUAUAAUAUAUGGAAAGUAUAUAUACAGCUAGCGGUAACUAGAGGCCAUACUGUACUUCUCAUAUGAAUGUACUCUGUUUCUUGAACUUGCUUGCUACCAAAGAACUGGUACUUUGUGCAGAUUGUGUUUGCCCAGGUCUUAUUAUUUCAUAAAUUAACAAUUAUGUGACUGAGCAAUUAACUGCUUAUUGCCAAACUGGAAAUGUUAUUAUGGGACUUACUGGCAUGUUUUCAUUCCUAGAAGAGGAAAAAAAAACUUGACUGCACAUUAUAAUUGGUAUUGUGAUUUAAUUUAAUAUUUUUUUUUGUAUUGCAAUUGUGAUUCUUAUUUGAAUCUGCCUUUUAUUUAUUGUUCUCAAAUCAACUUCAAAAGUAUAAUAUAUUUGGUGUAAUUUAAUUGGUGCAACGUAUGCCAAUAAUUUGUUUAUUGAUCAUAGGUGAUUUUGGACUUCAGCAGGAAGCUGCCUGCAAAGUGUUAACCACCUUAAUGUUGGUAUUUUUAUCUGAUUGUUUUUUUAUUGAAUAAAAAUAUGUGAUCAAAAUGUC